AUGGAGAAGGUGAAGGUAAUAAACCGGACUGAUUUGGUGUCGUUGUCACGGCUGUUGUCGUCUGCCGUUGUUGUCAGCGGCGGCGGCGAGGUGGUUCUAGAAGAGCUGGCGGCGGUGGGGGCCCUAGUCCGGCGAGUCAUGAUCGGCGGCUGCCGGUGGUUGCCGUCGUCGCUGGUGGCUGGUGCUGACAAGGCAGGCGGCGAUAGGAGGCGGGCUCGAUGGUGGUUCCGGGAUUUGGCAGUGCUGGGCUGCUUGUUAGUAGUGCUGAUUGCGGUGUUGAUAGUGAUGCUGGUGGUGUUGUGCGGGUAUGUCUCCUUUAGUAGUGUUGAUUGUGUAGAUGUGCUUUUGCUGAAUUCAGGGAACCUUGGUGAUCAUUUUCUUCCUUUUGCUGGGCAGGAUAUUUCCGCUCCUGUUGCUUUUAUUUUCUCUAGCUUUGAUAAUGAUUUGCAACUAGGCCGUGUAGGCUUUUAG